AUGGAGCUUGAAGCAGGCUGCAAUGCUAUAAUCCAAAAAUCAUUACCUCAAAAGUCCAAGGACCCUGGAAGUUUCACCAUUCCAGUCACAAUCGGGACAUUGCCAGUAGGUAAAGGAUUACUUGACUUGGGUGCCAGUAUAAAUUUGAUGCCUUUGUCCAUACUAAAAAGAAUAUGGGAUUUGGAAGUAAGGCCUACACAGAUGACAUUACAGUUAGCUGAUAGAUCCAUGAAAUAUCUCUAUGGUGUGGCAGAGGAUGUCUUGGUUAAAGUUGAUAAAUUCAUGUUCCCAGUUGACUUUGUGGUGAUGGAUAUUGAGGAAGAUGUUGAAGUUCCUUUGAUACUGGGAAGACCUUUUAUGAAGACUGCUAAGGUCAUUAUUGAUGUUGAUGAUGGAAAACUAAAGGUCAGAGUGCAGGAUGAUGAAGUCAACUUUAAUGUUUUUGAAGCAAUCCAACACCCUAAAGACAAACAACAGUGUUUCAAAAUGGAUGUGGUAGAUGAAAUUUGUUUAUCAUCCAAGAAAUAA